GCUUCUGGAAAAAACCGCUGGCCCGCGUCCGCAUGGCGCCCGGCGGCACGAUGCCCCCGUGCGCGCCCCACCUCAUGUUCCGCCGCCCGGGCCUCGCCGCGCCUGCGCCUCACGCCGUCGUGCCGCCGCCUGCCGCCGCUGACAUGGACAAGGAGGGGGAGGAGCGCCGGCUGAGGCUGUCCGACCUGGAGUGGGUGGCCGACCUCGGCGAGGGCGCGAGCGGGGUGGUGACCAAGGUCCGCCUCCGCGGCGGCACCGCCGGCCCCGCGUUCGCGCUCAAGGUGGCCCACUACCCCGACGACACCGACGCGGGGAGGGAGCAGGACGAGGUGCUCCGCCGCGCGUGCGGGGCCGGGCCGCCGUCGCCGUACGUCGUGCGCUGCCACGCCGUCCUCCGGGGCGCCGGCGGCGAGCCCGCGUGCCUCCUCGAGCUCAUGGACGCCGGGUCGCUCCACGACGUCCACCGCCGCCGGGGCGGCCGCGGCGGCCUCCCGGAGCCCGCGCUCGCCGAGGUGGCCGCGCGCUGCGCCCUCGGGCUCGCGCACCUCCACGCGCGCGGCGUCGCGCACCUCGACCUCAAGCCCGACAACCUGCUCGCCAGCGCCCGCGGGGACGUCAAGAUCGCCGACUUCGGCGUCUCGCGGAUCUUCUCCCGCGACGGCAAUCAGCGCUCUACCCGGGUCUCCGUCGCCGUCGGGACCACCGCGUACAUGAGCCCCGAGCGGUUCGCGCCUAACGCCCAGGCCGGCCCGCGCGGGGCCUGCGCCGCCGACGUCUGGAGCCUGGGCGUCACCGUCCUGGAGCUCUUCUUGGGGCACCGCCCUGUCCUGCCGGCCGAACGGACGCCGUCCUGGAAGAUGUUCAAGGAGGCCAUCUGCUACGGGGAUCCUCCGUCGGUGCCGGACAGCGCGGCGGCGUCGGCGGAGCUGCGCGGGUUCGUGGCCGCGUGCGUGCAGAAGGAUCCCCGGAGGCGCGCCACGGUGCCGCAGCUGCUCGCGCACCCGUUCGUGGCGCGCCGGGACGUCGAGGCAUCGCGCCGCGCGCUACGAGAGAUUAUCGUGGAGACCAUGUAGGAUAUCGGGACAGAGACAAGAUCAAUUGUAUUCUUGAGAUGAACUCUACUACUGUUGUUCUUUUUGAGUUAUUUGUAGCUUGAUUAUGGUGAAGAUUUCUUUGGUCAACCUGAACUUUUAGACAAGCUAGGUACUCCUUUUUCUUAUCAUGUUUUUUCUUUGUCUCUCAAAAUGGAUUUGACAAUCCCAAAAGUAGUUUGGGCAAUGCUACACGAUCUGCCCGAUGAUAAAUCAAUUUAAUGGGCUACCU